UCCUCCUUCAACUUAUCCCCGCCACAUAUGUACUUCUUCCUCCUCUUUUCUCUCCACGUUUUCUCCUUUGACACUACGAAAGACACACAAACAAACAAAGAAGCUAGCUUUUUGGUCUGAAUCUGAUACUAUAAUUCACACACACACACACACACAAAAAGAAAGAAAGAAAGCAAUGGAGUCUCUAAAACUAUGCAUCUCUCUCUUUCUCGUCUCAUUCUCAUCUUGUUUAAUAGGUGUUGAAUCGGACCAUGUUCACCAUACCAACAUGAAGCGUUUGAGACCGAAUAGGCUGUUCGUGUUCGGAGAUUCCUAUGCAGAUACGGGAAACAUAAGGAAGUCUCUUGCCGAUUCCUGGAAAAUGCCUUACGGCGUCAGUUUUCCUGGAAAACCCUCCGGUCGUUUCUCUGACGGCCGCAUCGCCACCGAUUUUCUCGCAAGAUACUUGGGGAUAAAGUCACCGAUUCCAUAUACGUUGAAGAAAUACGCGGGAAAGGAACGGCUGUUAUACGGAAUGAAUUACGCGUACGGAGGGACAGGAGUGUUCAAGACAUUCAAUAAUCCAUUACCGAACAUGACAACUCAGAUUGAUUAUUUCCAAAAAGUCCUCGCUUCCGGCACCAUCUACUCUCCCUCCCACGUCCACUCCUCCCUUGCCUUUGUCAGCAACGCCGGCAACGACUACGGCUCUUUCAUUCUCCAAAAACGCCCCAUGACCGAGUUCCCGGGAUUCAUCAAGCAAGUUGUUGAUCAAAUUGAGCUAAACUUGAGACGCAUCUACAAGUUGGGAGUGAAGAAGAUAGCAAUUUCUUCAUUGCAGCCACUCGGAUGUCUCCCUAGCAAAACCACCUCUACAUCAUUCAAACAUUGCAACGCAUCAGAUAACGCAUUAGUGCGUCUUCACAACACUUUGUUGCGUCGAGCCGUGGCCAAGCUCAACAAUGAAACCAAGCCUUCCACUUUCGUCAUUCUUGAUCUCUAUAAUGCCUUCUUGACUGUCAUCAAGAAUAAAAGAGCCGAGCCUGGAGUUACGAGGUUUGUGAACCCAUUGGAACCUUGUUGUGUGGGGAUUACAAGCAAUGACUCGUGCUCAAACGUGGACGAGAGGGGCAAGAAGAAGUAUACAAUUUGCAAAGAUCCAAAGACUUCCUUCUUUUGGGAUGUCUUUCAUCCCACCGAAGAAGGAUGGAGAUCCGUUUACUCGGUUUUAGGCAAAAAACUCAAAGCCGUUUUGAUUUAAGAAGAAGCUCGCUGGUUCAAGUCUCACUAGAAGCAGCUUGGUCCAGAAAGGACCGUCAAAAUUCAUGUAUAAAAACAAUGUUUAUAAGAUGUGGCAUCUUCUUUUAUCUUGCAAGCUGUCUUGAACUGAUAACAUGAGACUUCUGUUCAUAAUAAAGUUAGUUAGAAAGU